CAAAAUGUACACAGUUGCCAUCCAGCCUGGACUAUUCAAGCACGCCCUAAUGACAUGGCGCAUUUGAUUUUCCAAUGACAUGGCGUCACCGUCCGAAGACCCUCCAAGCCAAGCAAAUGAAAAAGACAAUAUAGGAAGUACAGACAUAUUUGGGCAAGGUGGGGGUUUUGGAGAAGGUGGUACCUCUGCUUUCGGUUUUCUGAACUCAGCUUCUGAGGCAGCAAAUUCGCAGCCUCAAGAGUCCGUGUUCUCUUUCCUCAACAGCGCCGAGGUGGCGGAACCAACACCCGCUCCUCUGCAAGAAGGUAGCCCGUUGGGUGGGGGCUCUGCCUUUGCCUUCCUCAGUGGUGGCAGUGCUGGCAGUCAAAGCUCCGACCAUGAGCACCCUAUUGAAGUUCCAGGGAUGGCCAGUGCACACGCUUCACCUAGUGUCCCCAGCAUAACAAGUGCACCUACCGCAGCAAGUGUGCCUGGCAUAGCAAGUAUACCUGUUGCAUCAAGCGCAGCGAGCGCAGCUGUGCCAGAGAGUGGCGCAAGAAGGAAGACACGGAAGGCUUUGCUGCCUGGCCAUGCAUCGCGACCACAGGAGGCAGCUGGGGUUGAACCCCCUCGCCAGUCUGUGAGCAUUCCAGAAGAGAGCCCUUUUGAGGAAAAGCCACCUCUGGAUGUGCAGGCCGCAGCAAAGCCACCUCCACCUCCAGAACCAGCUCCCAUGCCUCAUCUCCCUGCAUCUCUCGAUCAGUUGGCUGCAAUGGAGGCCGAGCAAGCAAAGGCGCAAGAGCCUGCGUUUGAACAACGUCCUCCCCUCGAGCAGGUUGAGGGUGCACGGAUUCCUGAAGACCCGAAAUCUCAGGCUGGCUACACCGAGCGCCUUGAAGAGGCUCCUGUUGUUGCGACCUUGCCCAAGCCACCCGUCCCUGAGCAACCACGAGCUGCUCCCACACCAAGCCCAGUGGAGCCAAAGGCAAAGGCCAAACCGCCUCCACCCCCACCCCCACCAUCUCCGGAAGAGCAGCUGAAGGGCGCGUUCAAUGUCUCUGGGGUCUGGCAAUGGCUGGAUGAACAGAAGAUGAAGAGCGAGAAGGAGCAGAAACACUUGCUCGAAGAAGAGGCUGUUUGUUUGUCAGAAAGCCAGCGAACGGCUGAGAAGAUAGCCUCGCUCCGUGUGAAGCUAGAAGAGACGGAGGCUGAACAAAACACCUUGUGCGAACAGGAAGAGUAUGAAAAGGCCGAUGCACUGGACGCAACGAUUCAAGAGCUCAAGGACAAAAUCUCUCGAGAGCUUGAAGAGGUGGCAAUUGGAGCAAAGAAGCUCGUCAGUUUUGCCGAACACCUUUUGAGCCUGACUAGGGAUCGCGCCUCGCUGUCCAAGCAAGCUCUGGAGCGGGUGGAGGCGAUUCAAGGAGAAGAGCAGGAGGAAUUCCAGAGAAAUGAAGAGCGAUGUCAAUUGCGUGUUAACGCAGAGGAGGCUCGCAUCGAGGCCGAGAGGUGCAUCGGCGGUGUUCAGGGGUGUUCGCAUGUCAUUUUUUCACCCUGCCGGGUGUGCCUGAGGAAGCGCAUGGACUUGGCGCAGUCCCAUCUUGAGAAGGAUGGGCAGAAUCUCAACGAGGAGUGGCAGCAGGUCAAUGAAGCAAUUGACCAGCAGACGACAGAAGAUGCGGCCGAGAGGGAUAAAUCAGUCUCUGAACGAGAGAAACUGGACGAAGAGAUCAAGGAGCUGGAAAGGUCGCUUGCUGAGAAGAUGGAGCAGCGAAAAAGAUUGACGCAGGACAUUGACUCCCGUGACAUUAAAAUCGCGUGUAUUAGAAACAAGUUUGAGAAGCAGCUUGGACGGCUGGAAGGCAAGCAAAAAAGGCUUGAAGAAGCCCAAAAAGAGAUGGAGUUGGAUACUCAACAGGUGUCCCAGAUGGAGUUGGAGCUGAAGAAGGAGCGCGAGGCUUUGGAGGGCCAAGGAGCCAGGCAUCAAUUCCAGAUGAAAGAGAUUCAAAGGACAUCAAAGUCCUUGCGACGGCAAAGGUGGUUCCUGGCUGAAGUCAUCCAGCGGCGCGUGGUUUGGCAAAAGCUGAUGGAGCCCCAUCGACAUUCCUUGAGCCAGGCUCGGAGCAAGUGGGAAAGCGCCACGCAGAAGUGUGUGGAGCUCUCUUCUGCUUCUGCUGGCCAAGAGGCAGAGGCUGCAAAGCUACGAAGCCAGAUUGACAUACACGUGGAGAUGCUUCCAAAGCUAGAGGCCGAGAAGAAGUUGGCUGUGACGUCAAGAAGCUUCAAGGAGGCCGGCCGCCUCACCGAGGAAAUCCGCAGGCGGGACGAAGAAAAGAAGACUCUCGAGGCAAAGCUUGAGACUCUGCAGGCUGGACUUCAAGGGGCCAGGGAGGAACUGGCCACUUGCAGGCAAGCUGAGCAGGAGGCAGAGGCUGAGCUUUUGAAAGUCGAAGAGACUUGUGCGAUCGAAGAGCUUCGAGUGUUGAGACAUCAGGUUAAAGACCUCGAGGAUCUCUGCAAAUCGUUGAGCAUCACUGACCGACGACUCUAUGAGCAGGAGAUUGCCGUCCUUCGGCAUCAGCAGGAACAUCUUUCCAAGAAGUACUCUGUGAACUUGGCAAGUCUGGAGGAUAUAUCACAGGAGGUCAUUGAAGAGCUGCAGGAGAAAAAUGACAUGGAGCUUCCAAGCGAUGAUGAGGAGGAGGAAGCAGAGCAGGUCCCGAAUGGAACCUCAGAGCCAGGCAUGCAGCCACAGCAAAGUGAUGCUCCAGCUUCCAGUGAGAUUGCGCAAGACGCUUCAGAAGAGGUGACAGACCACAAGGAAGCGGCUGAAGCUGAAAAGGAUGCGGGUGAACACGGUGAACCCGCAGAGUCGGAAUCACCUGCUCCAGCGGAGCCGACGGUGCCCUUGAGCCCAAAGUCUGCACAGGAUCGAAUUGGACAGUUGAAAACGUCGAUCAAGGAGCUCAAGGCCGAGAUAGACCCCAUUGAAGCAGAGAUUGACAAAGCCGUUGAAGCAGAACAAUUCGAACAUGCUGAGGAGCUUGAAAACAAGCGGCUAGAUCUUUCGCAAAAGCUGGAGGUAUUUGAAAAGGAGCUGGAUGGUCUUGAGAAAGACAUGCCCAAAGAAGUUGAGGCUGAAGAGGAGCCAAAAGUUGAUGGAGAAGAGGCCGGGACUGAUGAGACCUAGGCUGCCUCCUUUUUGCAAUGAGAAGCUGCCAUUUUCCGUGUCUUUUAGGUGACUCUCUCCUGAAUGGAUGUGAGUCCUGUGAAGUACACCUGAUGAGGUGGCGCACAGCACCAGCCACAGCUGCAAAGUCGUGUU